AUGAGCGAGGCCCUUUCCACGGCCUCAGGCGAUCGCGCCCCCUCGGCCGCCGCUGGGUCGGACGCCGCCCGGCUCAUCACCGUGGCCGCCCCCGGCCGCUCCGGUUUCGCCCGCCUCCAGCUCUGGCUCCGGCUCCGGCCCCGGCCCCCCCAGCGCCCGGCCCCGUACCCCCCCAGCGCCGCCGCCGCCGCCGAGAGGAGGCUGGCGCAGCGCAGCCGGCACAGACACCAGGCUCCGGGAUCGGGCUCGGGGCGAGCGCGCCCGACGUCCUGCGCCCGGACCGAUCCCGGGAAGGGAACGGCGCCACGCAGGGCGGCCGGACGGGUGGGCACCGAGCUAGGCUCGGGCCUGGCUGCAGCAGCAGCGGCUUGCUGUCACCCCUACUUCAACCUGCCCGACUUCACCCAGCCAUCACCGCCCUCCACUCCGUCCAGCCUCCCCUCGCACCAGCGCUGCCGGCCCUCUGAUGUCACCAAGGGCCUGCUCGUGGCCCUGCUGGGUGGGGGCCUGUCCGCUGGCUUCGUGGGCCCCUUCUCCCGUAUGGCUUACCAGGCUUCCCACUUACCCUCGCUGGAGCUGCUCAUCUGUCGAUGCCUCUUCCACCUCCCUAUUGCCCUGCUGCUUAAACUGCGUGGUGACCCCCUCUUGGGACCUCCCGAUGUCCGGGGCCGGGCCUGCCUCCACGCCCUGCUCAACGUCCUCAGCAUCGGAUGCGCCUACAGCGCGGUUCAGGUGGUGCCCGCUGGCAACGCUGCCACCGUCCGCAAAGGUUCUUCCACCGUCUGCUCUGCUCUCCUCGCUCUCUGCCUCGAGAGCCAGCGUCUCAGCGGCUAUGACUGGUGUGGCUUGUUGGGCAGCACCCUGGGACUCAUCAUCAUUGUGGGACCUGGACUAGGGACACUGCAGGAGGGGACCACAGGCCUCUACACUGCCCUGGGCUAUGUGCUCGCUUUCCUGGGUGGCCUGGCACUGUCGCUGGGCCUCCUGGUGUACCGUUCCCUGGACUUCCCCUCCUGCCUACUGACAGUGGCCUUCCUGUUUGGCUUGGUGGGGCUGGUGGGCUCUGUGCCAGGCCUCUUUCUGCUGCAGACCCCCGUGUUGCCCAACGAUCCUCUGAGUUGGAGCUGUGUGGGGGCAGUGGGGAUCCUCGCCCUGGUCUCCUUUGUGUGUGUGAGUUAUGCGGUCACCAAGGCCCACCCAGCCCUGGUGUGCGCCGUCCUGCACUCUGAGGUGGUGGUGGCUCUGAUGCUGCAGUACUAUGUGCUCUAUGAGACCGUGGCACCUUCUGACAUCAUGGGGGCAGGGGUCGUGUUGGGUAGCAUUGCCAUCAUCACCGCCCAGAACCUCAGCUGUGAGAGGGAAGGGCAGGUGGAGGAGUGA